GUUAUUAUUAUAAAUGCUGAAGAUAAGUAUAUUUAAGAAAUACAAAGCUUACCUUGUGAUUUUUUGGUAAUGAUUAAGCUGUUUAAAUUUCAUUACAAAACAACUUCUAUGGACCAUGAGAUCAUAAAUUGCAAAUACUUAUUUAAUCGAUUACAGUUGCAAUAGGAACGAAUUUCGUGAUAUGUAAGGAAAUUUUCUCUUACUGGUAAUCCUAAUCCUACUUGUAGCUUGAAGGUUGUAGGCGUUCUGUCAAGACUAUACCUUAUAAAAGUUAAAAGUUUGCUCGUUUAUUCAAAUUUCCAAACUCAUAAAAUAAUAAUUGUAUUGUUAAUAUUUCUAAAUUCCUCUAAAUGGAAUAAAAUUUGUUAACAUUCCACAUAUGUAAUAUAAUAAUGGCGGGCUCUUUAAUAAGUCAAUCAGAGCAAGUAUUUAUCGUACAUGGUGUUGAAAAUGAUUUCCGCUCUGAUGGCAGAUCGAGUAUUGACUAUAGACCAAUGGAACUAGAAACAGAUGUGGUGAGCCAUGCAAGUGGCUCGGCCAGGCUGCGGCUUGCCAACACAGAUAUCCUAGUUGGAGUUAAGACAGAAAUUGAUGUACCAAAACCAGAGACUCCUGGCCUUGGCAAAAUAGAAUUCUUUGUGGAUUGUUCAGCUAAUGCAACACCAGAAUUUGAAGGUAGAGGGGGAGAACAGUUGGCAAACACCAUAUCUAGUACAAUGCAGCGGGCUUACUAUAGCCCACAAGCUUUCAACUUAAAACAGCUCUGUAUAUUUGAAGGAAAACAGUGUUGGAAAUUGUAUGUUGAUAUUUUAAUACUUGAAUGCGGAGGCAACCUUUGUGAUGCAGUAUCUCUUGCGGUUAAAGCUGCAUUAUUUAACACCAGGUUGCCAUGUGUAAAAGCAGCAUUAAUGGAUGGUGGCAACAUUGAUUUACAAUUGUCAGACGACCCAUAUGACAGCAAGCAAUUAGAUAUUGGAACUGCACCUCUUUUGGUCACAUUAUGCAAAAUAGGAACUAAAUGUGUUGUUGAUCCUUCCGCAGAAGAAGAACGCUGUAGUGUUAUAUCACUUGUAGUUGGGGUUACAGGAAAUCCAAACUUUUACCAAACGGACGAUAAUGUAAUUCCUGAUAUUAAAUGUAAAUGUAGCACUAUAUCAAUGAAUGGUCCUGGAAGUCUGUCACCGAAAACACUUAAAAGUGCCAUUGAACAAGGAAUAACUGCUGCGAAUUGUUUGGAUAAUGCUCUUGGGGACGCCCUCCUACGUGAGAAAGAUGAGAUAUCUGAUUUAAAGAAACACUCGUACGGUUUUUUGAAAUAAAACACCAUUUGACCUUUUAAA